AAGCAGCCAGGCUGUGUGUGUGUGUGCACCAGUUGAACUCCAGUCAGCGUGGACAACAGGUGCACUUCAGCCUCUCUCCACCCCGCUGCUGGAUAAUGCCCGCAGAGCGCCGCUCGUCGCUUUGCGCAGGGCUUCCUCGUCUGCACUUUGAACACUUGCACGUUUUUAUAUCCUGAUCACUUCCAGCCACACAAAAAAAUGCCUUUUCCGCCUAUCAGCCUCCACCAGCGGAUCUCUUCUCCUGGCAGGGAUCUAUUCGGGAAAAAGAAAGCCAACGGAGUGCCUCCUCAGACUGAGCUCACCAGCAAAUCCGGCAGAGAGAAAGGGGGGUCCGAUAAGGAGAAGCAGUCCAUUUCUUGGACAUCGGCGAAUUUAAGGAAUUUGGGGAGAAAAGCCCAGCAAGAGAAGAGUAAAAGCCCGACUCAGAAGAAGGAUGCCGGCCAGGAGACCCAGGGAAAAUGCUCCUGGCUGACGGUGCCCAAACCUCAGGACUCUUCCGAAGGAGUCAGGCGCUCCAGCUCCAUGGACUCCACCAGACACCUCCAUGGCAGAGAGGACGGGAAGAAGGAGAUCCAAUUUACCCUCAGCCUAACCCCUGAAGCCAUACUUGUCAUCCAAAAACGAAAUCUGGAAAAGCAGAUGAUGGCAAAGCAACAGAAGUGUUGCGCCUCCGCGGACUUUCGGCACAGGCGGGUUUUUCCUUCCAAAAAGGCGCACGGAGGAUCCAAGGGCUGCGCUCCCGUCGCCAAAGUGGAGAGUGCCGAGCAGGACAUCACCGCCAUCGUUAAAAUAUCUCUUUUGAACGAUCAAUACAAGUACGACGAUGUGGAGUAUGAGGAAGAGGAUGGAGACGUGGAUGAGACUGUUGUGAGGAAAUGUAAAGAGUGGCUCAAAGGUGUCGAAAACGCCGCUGCUUUGGGAAAAGUGGACAAACUUUCUGCACUCCCGCACCUUAAAGGCUGCUGACACCUGACUUUUGAUCUUACGUUUUUCAGCAGACUGAGAGCAGAGAUGAUGGACUCGUCGAAAAAAAAUGUGCAGGUGUAGGCCUGCUGCAAUGGCAUCUUAAAUUUGAGUCUUGUAAAUGAAACGCUUGCAAAUGAGGGGAGGAAAUCCACUUGCCUCCAAAGGAAUGUUAGUUUCUUUCGGAAUAAUGUACUAAAACUAGAAAGAAACUGACACUUUAUUCAAGAAAAUAAAAUAAACAGAUGAGUAAAUUGCAUUGGAAUAAGAUAAAAUUUGAUAUUCACUUUAAAAAAAUAAGAUUUCAAAGCUCAAGUCCAGCCUGUGGCUCAUCCAACAGUGCUUCUUACGGUUCACAGGGACGUUGCUUUGCGAGUUUAAUGCCUAACCAAUGUUUUGUUGAAGUUUGAACUGAAUACCUUAAUAUUCUCGUCCUUUUGCACAUGUUUUUAGUUUUCAGUGGGGCGCCUGUGGAUUGGCAGAGGGGUUUUGCUUAAAGGGACGCAAACCGUUCCUUUGUGUUGGAGAACAAUACGCUGUCAACAACAGGGCUUUAUAUGCGCCUGCUGCUGAAACCAAACUGGACUGUUUAUGUUUCCUCUAAUAAGAGGGGUUAUAUCCUUUGUAGGGAUUUAUCAGUGAUGUACAGUAUUUAAUAUUUACUAAAUAUUUGUACUGUCAAACGUUUUUCUCAGCUGAUGAUUUUAUGACAUCUGAAGUAAAAUGUUUUGUUUUUUUUAAUUAUGCAAGUGUCACUGACCCUUUUAAAUCUUUUAAAAGCUCA